GAGCUUACGACGAUGAUCAACUACGCCGAGUAUAUUUUGCGGAGUUAUUUCAGAGCCACAGAGUGGAAUCCUGAUGCUCAGUAUUCAAAUUUAAAUAGAGCUAGCGCUGCGAUAUUAGAUUUCUAUCCACCACAGGCGCUUUCCGUUUCGUUAUCUUCCUGUCCCACUCAAGCUUUCGCUAGCAGCUGCAGCUUAUCGAUUUUGCCUUCUCUUAGCGGUUCUUUAGCUUAUCUAGCCUCGUCAAUAGAUCUACCAAAGGACAAGCCAUCACUGCACUCGCUCGUUCAUACAUUCAACAUCUCUGCACUUCCAAAGAAGCCCGAAUACGAUCCAUCUCGAAAGGAUCAAUUGCUCUACGGACAGCUACACCUCCCAUCCUCACGUCUACACUCAUUGUACACUCGUCGACUGAGUCCUCAAUCUCAACUUCUCAUAUCAAGCAUAUCACAUCCACGUCCACCAACCCGCGAGGAGCCUUCAGAAAUGUACAUCACAUACCAAAAAGAUCAAGGGAACUAUGCUAGUGAACUAUCUUAUUCAGUCGCCGAUGGUAUGGCUUCUGCAUCUUCGUUAUUCCAUUUUGGGUUAAUUGAUAAGAAUUAUCGAGAGAAUAGUGAGAGUUCCAUCAGUGACAACAAAGUGGUUUCCUCUAAGCGCAUCGACGAAGAUCCCGAUGGUGAUGGUUCGACAGGCUUGAAAGGCCACUUCAGCUUAGGUGGUGAGAUAUACGCUUCCGCACAAGAGAAGUCAGCAGGAGUAUCCACUGGUUUACGCUUUCAAACACUGCCAGAAACUCAAUCACCGCCAACCGUUCUAGUCGCUCUCCUGAGUCCAAUUACAGGCUAUCUCAGUGGUACCUAUUCCGCUACAAUUGCGAAGGGUCUCUCAGUGGCCUCAAGGUUUGAGUUCAAUCUGUAUUCUUAUGAGAGUGUGACAACACUAGGCGCAGAAUGGGCUAUACCACGAAGCCGUCCGGAUGAAGACGAAUAUUUUGAUGAGAACCUACAAGAAAUGGUAAAACCACAUCCUGAAGAGGGCACCAUCUCUUUACUCAACCAAGGUGCAGCAUCACUCGCUAUUCAAGACGUUAGACAUACGAACCAGAACACUACGACUAAGUCUUCAACUCCUAUACCCUUAUCUGCAUCAGCAGCAAUAAAUGAAAAUGAUCCAAUACAAGGCUACCUCAAAGCAAGAAUGACAACCGAGAAGUCUAUUACUCUCCAAUACGCUGGUCGUCUCAAAUCAAUGCUCGUUUCGCUUGGUCUAGUGGCCGAUCUCAGCAAUCCACACAAACCAGUACAGAGUAUAGGGUUAGAGCUGCAAUACUUGUCGCCGGGUAAUGAGCCAAAUUAGGAUGUAUUUAUAUGUACUUUU